AUGUGUAUAAAAUGUCAUCAUAGCUACUGCAGGAGGUUGAAGCUCCCUCAAUCGUUCAUUCUUGUUUCUCUUCAACAAUUUGAGGAGGAAACUGAAAUAGGAGGCAAUCGAUACUCGAGGACUUUGGAGGAAUUGAACAAGUUCAAGGAAAUAGCUGUUGCAGCAGCCAUGGCAGGUCCACCUGUUGCAGCUGCUCUGGCUGCAGUCUAUCCCUGUAGCCUCAAUGGGGAAGUGGAUUGA